AUGGACGAAACACGAGGUAGUGCUGGUGUCGUUGACAAUUUGGCUCGCUCGUCUGACCAUUCUACUCCUGCAUCCUCCUCUGCUGAAGAAACAACCGAUUUGCGAAGUCUUGCACUUCGAGCACAAACACUGUCGAGCACUCUUGAGACGCUCCGCAAACACUGUGGACAUGAGAGCACCUCGUCGGAUAUUGCUACUGCCAUUGAGGAGUUGAAGCUGCUUGCCUCGGAGCUCCACAGCCUCGAUUCUGCGGUCCAGGCCAACAAAGAACUCUAUACCGAGGCUUUUGGUGAAGAUCUGAGCGAGAUUCGUGCACAUCUCGGGGGCAUCUUUGAAGACAUUGCAGAUUGCUGCAAAGAGAUGCAAAAGGCCGAUUGCCCAAACACCAGCGCGGUGGGCUGGCUGACCAAGAAGAGAUACGUACGCAAGUUGCAGAAACACCUGGAAGUCAACAAGACCACCCUGAUUGUGAUGCGCACUGUCCUACAUCAUGGCAAGGAAUAUGGAACUUACAACUCUCCCGGUCGUCUAGCCGAGUCCUCACCACACACCUUGCAAGAAGACCUUGCUAUCCUUGAGACUGUCUUUGCAAGCAGGACCGCCAUCAAGGACCUCCAAACCCUUGCCAAAAAGCCCCAUGGACAUUCGCCUUCAACUUCCUCGAUAGGAAUUAACGAUCCCUCUCCGACCCUCCAACCAGGCGCACACGGCCGAAACUUGUCGUCUGCUACGGGUGUCGACAUUCCAGUGAUGGGAGACGUACUUCCAGCCAGCACUGCAGAUGGAAAGGGGAAGAAACAAGAUGCAUUAGCACGGAGGUUCUCCCGCCGCGGAGUGCGGCUGGCCGUCCACAGCUCAAUCAUGGACACUAACGCACACGACGUCCCCAUCUCACUCCGGAGGAAAUGGAUUCACGACGCUCAACUUCGACAUGGCCCUGACUAUAGGGAAUCAGACGGCCAAUCUGCUGCUCAGCUAAGCAAUAUUUCUGAAGUCAACUCAAAUUCUGGGCAGGACGAUGAGCCGGCAAAGCAAGGUCGUCAAUCAAGCCUCACCACACCGGAGGGUCAAACUGCUAGCGCCGCUUCAUCAACGUCGGGCCCGCUCUCAACAAAUUCGAAGAAAAGCUCGUCGCUGGCAAACUCUCCAUUGGGUAGGAAAUUCGGGAGUGUCAUUGCUCGACUUUCUCGCCCUGCCAGUGAGCAACACGAAAGUGCUGGUGAACAUAGUGCCGAGACAAAGGUGCAGGGGGCCCAGAUCCAGGCCGAGAAGAGAUUCGGUAAGGAGCAGGAAGGGAAAUCGACAGAGAUCAAGAAAGAAAUGUCGGCAAAGGAGAAGCCAGGAUGGUCCUACCGUUUAACCAGGCCCUUUGAUACCUCACAACCACAAGAGGCGCAGACACCAACAACCCUGGAUACCCGCGUCUUCUCCUCGUCAAGCACCCACCGCCACGGCCGCUUCGAGCUCAAGCACACCGACACCGUCUUCCUCCCGGACUGGAUCACCCGCCCGAUCAUGGACUUGGCCAAUAAACUGUCCGGGCUGGACAUGUAUCUGUACAAUGCCGAGGACGGCCCAUGUUUACCACAGUCUGGUUCGGACGACGAGGAUAGUGUCUGUGGACAUCAGGUUUCGGUGUCGUCAAAUGCUCGCGCUCAGGGUCCGAAACAGCCGGGUGAAGAUACGUUUGACGAAAAGAGAUGUCCGCAUGUGUCGGCGGGGGGUGUGGCGAUUGGUGACAUCGACGUCAAUGGCGCAGAUGACCGCGACGGCGACGGUGAGGGAGACUGGGAAGUCGUGCCUCAGCAUCCAGAUUGGGACGUGGUCGCUCGUGGCGGCGAGGGCCGUGAGCGAAAGCCAUUGUUGAAAGCAGAUUGGGUCGUGUGUGAAAAGGGUCGAGACGGCAAGGUGCAAAUGUUUGAGGGUCCUCGAGCCGAAGACGGCGUUGCUGCACUGUCCGUGUCGUCGGAAGAGAGAGCUCAGAUGACCGACACGUCUCUCCUUGAAUCCACCACGCGACCUGGCAUUCGAGUUUCCGCAAAACCCAGCCCGGCACACGCGUCAUAUAUACUCGACGACGAUUCGGGUUCGCACCACUCGCACUUCGAAGGAGGAGACGCCAAUCAUCCAGCGUCGUCAGAUCAUGGAACAGCAAACGUGUCCACAAUUGAUCUAGUACCCUCGAGAAAGUCAUACGAGCGAAUUCGGCCAGGACACAAGAUACGACCACGGGCAUCACCGUCGACGACUCUGGGUGACGAGGCUCGGAAACAUGAACAGGAGCUACAACCAGCACACUCGAGCCCCCUCCGCGUCUCGACCACCCGCAGGGUCAAACACCCCGCCGCCAACCCGACCAAGAACCGACCACUCCCACCUGACGAACAGGACCUGCCUUUUUUGAGUCCUCCUCCUCCUCCUCCAAAGACCGUCACCACUAACAAAGACAUCAUCGGAGACCCCCGCGACCACGAGCAAGUCCCCGCCGUGUCGCGAGUGCUGGCAAAGGGCGACCAGGACUGUGCGGCGCUGAUUGCCGCGCAGGAACGGCUGAACGAGAAGCUGCAGCAGCGGGACCAGCGGGGGAUUUAUAGGCGCCACGAGAAGUGGCGCGAUACGGUGCCUUCGUGGCCGUCGCGGUUCUACUACUAG